UCAGUAGACAUUCCUAUAUAAGCUCUGCAAAUCGAACGAUCAAACAGUUGAAAUCAAACAGCUUAGUACGAUAUUCAAAAUGAAGUUCCUCAUGAUCCUUGCUUGCCUCGCUCUGUACAUCGCUUAUAUCGAUGCCCAGCGCUUUUGCCAAGGACGUCCUGUUUUCCAGGUAUGCACUGGCGGUCGGGAUGAGGGAAACAGCAAUGGACGUCUGUGCGGCGCUUCUUCCCAAAACGAGAUGUGGUUCUAUAACAGCCGCAACAGGAAUUGCGAGAAGAUGAGGUACCGCGGCUGUGGCGGCAACAACAACCGCUACUGCAGCAACCAGGACUGUCUUGAAAAAUGCAGGCGCUGAGGUUCUUGAA